AUGUCUCCACAACUACUUGUUGUACUUGCGGACCUCCAGCUGGAAGAACCGAGCGCGAGACUUUGGUGGAGCCAGAAUCGUGAUGUGCUCAAACAGCUUGCCACGUGGGAGGAGUUCGCGUUGCGCUUCAAAGAUCGCUUCAUACCAUCCGGCUGGCGUCUCGAUGCCCUCACGCGCUUCUACGACAUCUCGCAAGACUUCGAUGACUUCCGCCCGUUCGUUGCUUCCUUACAAGCAGCUCGGAACAUGCUUGGUUCGGCGGGUGAUAGUUGCACUAUCAGUGACUCUGUUUUCAAAAGCUACUUCUUCUUUUUUGCCAAUCCCGUGCUUCAACUUCGUGUCCGGGUCAUACAAAACUUUGCGUACAAGAACUUGACGGUCGACGCACUGAUCAAUGCCAUGGCGACUACGUGGUUAAGCCUCGUUGCGGAAGGCUUCACGAUGCCCGUACCCAAGUCGAUGCUCAAGUCUGCCUCUGCUCCUAUCCUUGCGCUCAGUAGGAGGUUGUUUCCACUGCCAUCUGAUUCCAUCUGGAAAUCCCAUGUUGCUCACGAGUGUCCGGGUGACAAGCGACGCAACAUUCCUCCGCAAGCUCCUCAUCCCAUCGCAGAAGACGCCCUACCUGAGGGUUAUCGUGAGGUCCUGAUUUCACAUACCAACCCCGGAGUCACGGAUCUUUCGAACCCGAAUGCUGGUAUCAUUACUGGUGUUCUCCAAGUGUAG